AUGUCCUCAUCCCAGAUGGAGCCUGACACUCAAUAUCUCCCAAACAAAUGGAACCGUCCGAGAUCGAACAUCAUUCGUGUGUUGACCACGUUCUGGGUCUUCUUUGUCAUGGGGGCUAAUGAUGCUGCGUACGGUCAGAUUGAACAGCUAGAGGAAUAUUAUAACAUCUCGUAUAUGAUUGUGUCAUUGGUAUUCCUCUCGCCGUUAGUAGGCUACGUCCUGGCAGCAUUAGUCAACAACAAACUACACAUGGCUUUAGGACAGCGAGGCGUGGCUCUGAUUGCACCAGCAUGCCACCUCGUUGCCUACAUCAUCAGCUGUACGCAUCCUCCAUACCCCGUACUAGUUGUGGCGUACAUUUUUGCGGGCAUUGCAAACGGACUUCACGAGGCUGCAUGGAACACGUAUAUCGGCAGCCUUGACAACCCCAAUGAGCUCCUGGGCUUGCUUCAUGGGGUUUACGGCCUUGGUGCGGUGAUAAGUCCGUUAGUGGCCACGAACAUGAUUACGAAGGCGAAAGCGCCCUGGUACUAUUUUUAUUUCUUUAUGAUUGGUCUAUCUGUCAUCGAAGCUGUGGCAUGCCCGGCUGUUUUUUGGCGAUUUACAGGUGCCGCCUUUCGCGAAUCCCACGAACAAUCUGACGACGACGCGGGCGAUAAGGCCAAUAAUGGGCUUCGAGACGCCCUUUUCACCCGCCCCGCUGCGCGUAUAUCUUGGCUCUGUUCCUUCGUCCUACUGUUUUAUGUGGGAGUGGAAGUGACGGUCGGCGGCUGGAUCGUUACAAUAAUGAUGGAAGUGCGGCAUGCAGCACCCUUCCCCAGCGGCAUGACAGCGACUGGAUUCUGGUUAGGGAUUACCGCAGGGCGAGUGGCUUUGGGGUUUGUUACAGCGCGACUGGGUGAGAAAUUAGCCACAACGAUCUACAUCACUUGUGCAAUAGUAUGUUCGUUGAUUGUAUGGUUGGUUCCUAAUUUCUAUGUCUCUGCGGUGGUGGUGUCUAUCCAGGGUUUCUUCCUCGGUCCACUUUUCCCCUGCGUGGUCGCUGUCAUAACCAAACUCCUGCCCAAGCAUCUUCAUGUGGCGGCGGUUGGCUUUGUGGCUGCCUUUGGAGGUGCUGGCGCAGCAGUUCUUCCAUUUGUGGCUGGAGGAAUUGCACAGGGUACUGGGGUUAAGUCCCUUCUGCCGUUCGUUGUAGGUGUUUCGGGUGGGAUAUUAUUGCUUUGGCUCGGAUUGCCACGACAGAGGAAGGGCGGAGCCCAGCAUUAG